AACCGAAUGCAUGAGAGUAUGAAGCUGUUCGACAGCAUCUGCAACAACAAGUGGUUCACAGACACCUCCAUCAUCCUCUUCCUCAACAAGAAGGACCUGUUCGAGGAGAAGAUCAAGAAGAGUCCUCUAACCAUCUGCUACCCAGAAUAUGCUGGCUCCAACACGUACGAGGAAGCAGCUGCCUACAUUCAGUGUCAGUUUGAGGACCUGAACAAGAGGAAGGACACAAAGGAGAUUUACACCCACUUCACCUGCGCCACGGACACCAAGAAUGUGCAGUUUGUCUUUGACGCUGUCACCGACGUCAUCAUCAAGAACAACCUGAAAGACUGUGGUCUCUUCUGAGGAUGGAGAAGAUAACCUUUUUCUUUUUGGCGGUGGAGCCAGUUUAUUGUGCAUCUUUGGUGGGGAAGAUGAGAAGAGUCGGGAGGAUCAGUCACGGACCAGUGCUGUACUAUAUGCCACUUUUAACAGCUUUAUUUAUGUUUUUUGUCUUGGAACAUUUUUGAACUAGCGUUACGACAUUUGUGUAGGUUGUUUGUAUCUAUGUAAAAGCGUCACAGCAAAAGUUUCCCGCACACUAAAAAAAACAGUUACUUUGUAUUUAGUUUUGGAGGAGAUCACUUUUAUGCUGUUACUUCUGCCGCUGUCUCUGGAAAAGGAAACUUUGCUGUUGGUGGAAAUGCUUCUUUUCUUCCUUCCCUACAACCAAAAGGGAAGAAAAGGCGCACAACUUUGAGUCCAGUUUGUUGGUACUUGUGCCUUCGCAUGCAUUUUUACCGCGGCCGUAGUCCCAAUGCUUGUUCUGUUGCCUGCUGAAUUGUUCUAAACAUAAAGAGGUUAACUGUUUUCAUAUGUUAGUGUCCCUGCUAUCUUCUAUGUGCACACCAUUGAGCUAUCGGGAUGUGGAAGGUUUCCCUCUGGUCUAAAGCUACAUAGGUCUCCAUGGUGAUCAAUAUGUAGCCUCCACAGUCCCCUACCCCCAUCCCCCCACCAGCCAUGACAAUGAAAGGCCUCGCUGGCCAAUCACGCAGUACAAUACUGAGAUGUAAAUUGUUACAUUUGCCCCGCAGAUUCCGGGGUUCUGGUUUUUAAACUGUACAAAAUAUCCAUUCUUCCCAACCAUUCGGAUAAUGGUGAGUCAAGGCAUUGAGCUUAUGAUAAUAUGCUCAAGUCAAAGACAAGGGUAGGCACAUUUUAAUGUACAUUUUAAUGUAUUAUGAGGAGAGUUUUGGUGUUAAGGAGAGAAAAACUGAACCACUGAAAAGAUGGUUGUAAAGGUUGAGGAUGAGGUCUGAAAUGUUUUAAGGUUCAGACGCCGUUCUUCGGUGGUGAUUUGAGAGUAGAGGCGCUACUCGAGGAUUCAUUCAGGUGAUGGAAACCAAGAUGGUCAAGAAAAAACUGGUCUGUGAUUUGAGGUCAGAACUACUUUGCCAAGAAGAGUAAUAAAUAUAGUCCUGGAUUUGUUCACAUAAAGAAACUGCCACAAAUGUAUGUGUAUGUUCUCCACGGAUGGAGAAUCUUUGUAGACUCAUCUCCCUUAUUUUGCUAAUAAAAAACAUUUACAAACCA